UCUUUCUGAAACUAAAACAAGUGGCAAUGGAGGAGGUGAAGAGUUUGGUGUCCAAAAGGCCAGUGGUGAUCUUCAGCCUGAGCUCAUGCUGCAUGAGUUACACGGUGAAGAGUCUGUUCUUUGAUCUGGGCGUUAACGUCGACGUACAUGAGCUGGACGAGGAGGCUCAGGGGAAGGAAAUGGGAAGCGCACUGGCGGGCCUCAUUGGACGAAAUCCCCCAGUUCCAGUGGUGUUUAUCGGAGGGAGAUUGAUAGGAUCUACAGAUAAAGUCAUGUCUCUGCAUCUUGGCGGCAAGCUGGUAAAGCUUCUCAAGGAUGCAGGGGCUCUCUGGCUCUAGCGUAAUGGAACUUAUGUUUUAGAUAUGUUGAGAGAUUGGAAGGCCUUUUGAUGUGCGACAUAAAUAAGGAUACAUUCCACAUGCACUAUGAAUGUUUGCUUUUA